AUGGAGACCCAUAAAAGUUUGUAAUCUAUUGCCUGAGAAGAGAAAAAUCCACCAAGCUUAAAAUUUGUAAUAUUUUCAGAAGAUUCUGACAAAAUUUUGGAAGAAAAAACGCAGCCGGAUCAUAUGCCAUCGGAAGGAAAACCUAUAGCGCCCAAAAAAGGCGAUGGUUGGAUCAUUUUCCAAAACUGAACACAAUAAAGUAAAAAAAAAAGUAAUGAAAAAAACAAGGUUUGUUCAGAUUUUGCUGUUAAGUCUUCGCCCCUAAUUGUGCGAUAAACCAAUCGGAGAGCGAGCCAUCCACAGAGCGUUUUCAAAUGACUUCUUUGUACUUGACAUCCAAAAUCUGAACAGAACAUAGCUUAUGCGAGAAAAGUUAUCACCCAAAAAGAUUCAUCGAAUUUAGCCUCGAAAGAAAAAAUUAAGAAAAAUCUCACAGCGUUUCACUUGAGAAACAUUUGAAAAACUUGAAACAAAAAAAAAGGACCGAAUUAGCUUGUGCAAAUUAAGUUAUCGGCACCAGAGGUGGAGGAUUGGGAAGGCAGCCCUUGGCUUGGCGGCCAAGCCAAGCCAUUGGGCCAAGCGAUAGAAAUGAUUCAUUGACUUACUAUUGAAAAAGUCAUUUCUGCUUUUGGGCGUUUAUGGCUUGGCAGGCAGGGCGGUCAGUGGGCAGCCAUCCUCCACCUCUGAUCGGCACAAAGUUUCAUGGAAAUUUCUGUUACAAGUCGAAGAUCACUACAAAUCUUUGAAAGCGCAUUGAACGUUUUGACUUCUUUUUCGCCAAAGGCGGUGUUAGUGCCGCUCAAAAGAGCAAUUUUUUCACCGCUUAGUCGAUUCCAUCUGACUAAAAAAACCAAUAAAUAUUGAUAUUGAUGAACGUUCGUUUUCAGAACAGGAUGUGAAAAAAUAUGAUAAAAAGAACACAAUCAGUAAUAGACGAAAAUUGUGAGAAUGAAGCAUUUCCAUGGGGUUUCAGAGAAAAAAGAAAGCGCUGAAGAAAAAGCGAAGAAGCUCGCAGGACAGAGGUCCGUUCUGACUGUCCUCAAAGCAGAGGUUCUCUUCAAUUAUUGAUAGAAUGCUUAGGUAAGUUCUGCAGGAAAACACUGGAAAGAAGCCUACACCGGCCAAAACAAAGGGAACACCUCUUGUGCAGGUGCCAUGCGCCGAAUCAGGACGUCUCAACCGAACCAUUGAGGAUGAACCCUACUACCACGGCUUCAUGACUACCGAACAAGCCGAAAAGGCUCUCACCAGCAACGGCGAAUUUCUGGGUUUAUUAUUCUCCUUUUCCCUUUUGGACUCCCGAAUAAACUCGACUUCAGUGCGUAAGACAGACGUCGGACAAGCUAUAUAUUUCAUUUUGAGCGUUAGAGAAAAGAAAAAAAACCUUCAUCUUCUGAUCAAAAGAACAGCCAAGGUACUUUGAAACUAGGUUCAAUUGCUGAAAACGUUUUAGCGACGCCUUUACUGGAUUCACAUUUUCGCUUGCAGAACCGUCAACGACUUGAUUCAAUACCACAUUAGGUUUAUAUAGUGUAUAUUUCAAGUUGUUCUGAAAUCGUUUCUGAAAACAACCUUUUCUUUCAGUCACAACAAACCGGUGACAGAAACCGGCGUCUUAUUGGUGCGAUUCGUGCCAAAAACGAAAUGGCAGCUCAACCACGAACAAGUCAUUCGUAUUAAAGAAUUGGGGUCGGGACAGUUUGGAACCGUUUAUCUCUGCUGGCUCCAGGUGCUUUUGAUCCGAUUUUUCUUUUCCAAGAAACCUUUCUUAAGCUUUCCGCUUAUAAGUCCAGGAGACAGGUAGCGGUUAAGAUGCUGCAGGGGCACAACAUGACCACCGACGACAAGGUGAAAUUUCUUCGGGAGGCCAACCUCAUGCAGAGCUUGAAGCACGUGAGAGAAUCUUUUUGUCUCUUCUUGUUUCUUCUUCAGCCUUUCUUUUCAGCCAAACGUUGUCAAAAUUUUCGGAAUCGCUGCUUCUCGAGAACCCUUCAUGAUCGUCAUGGAGUACUAUCCAAACGACUCGCUCGAAAACGCCCUCACAAAAGGAAAUGCAAGUUUCAACUGUACAUUGAAAUAAGAACAAAUUGUGACACUCCAAGUCAUUUUCUUUCGAUCAAUAGUUCCGAAAAAGGCCGACUAAAAGAGACUUUUUAGUUUACAUCGAGAAUUCAAGAAACUGUAGACUUAGAAAUGAGCAAUUGAAAAAAAAAUGUCGGAAGUUUGCAGAGAUAGUAUUUCCACUUUUUUAAAACUAUUUAUCUUCGAAAAUUUACGAAUGAGUUUGAACGAUAAAAUCAAUCGUGGAGGGAGCAACCGAAUAACUUUUUUCAUUUAUUCGGAUUUCAGCCGUCAGAAAUUGAUAAACUCAAUUUUCUGUUCGACGCCGCCAAAGGACUGCAGUAUCUACACGAAAAAAGUAUUAUCCAUCGGUAUUGUUUUCUUUUUCUUCAAAAUUCUUAUUGGAACGUAAUAUGUUCAUUCGAGAGAUUACAAGAUAGUGGAAUCUUCAGCAGCUGUCGAAAAGGCUGUUUGCGUUUUUUGAGACCAAGAACUUUAGAGAUAUCGCCGCCCGUAACUGUCUUCUCGACGCCGACAGGAGGGUGAUGAUCUCUGACUUCGGACUUUCCGUCGUGGACCGCUGCAACAACGGAGUGAGGGAGCGGAAGGGAGGACGACUUCCCGUCCGUUCGAUGGCGCCAGAGACACUCAAGAAGUUCACCUACACCAAGGCGUCCGACGUCUACAGGUCUGACUUAAUCAAAAUUCUAGAAAGAAACUUUCUUUCACUUCGAAACUAGGGCAAUUUUGAGAAUGGACUAGGGCGGGCCGUUUCGAGCUUUCUGAAAACUGACUUCUGAUAAGUUAUUUUGCCAUCUUCUGAAAAGGAUCGCCUUGAAGCUUUGACCAACCGAACUAUUUAACUAUCCUACUUCAAGUAGACUUGCGCACCGUGAGAAUCAACACAUCAAGCGAAAUAAUCGCUAACUAUCUUUAAAAAGUGAUGAGCAUUCAAAAAAAAUUUUUAUGGUGCGCCAUUAACUCAAAUUCAUUAUUCAGGUUUCUUUGUUGAAGUUUUUUGGCCAUAAUUCAAUUUGAAUAUAUUUUAACUUUGCCUUUUUAUAGUUCGUUAUUCAAAACAAAAACAAAAAAAAAACUCUUUGAAGCUACGGGGCGAUGAUGUACGAAGUUUAUAACCAAGGUCGAGAGCCAUUUUACAAUUGUCAACUACAGGGAAAUGUGUUGAGGAGAGCAAUAACAAAUAAUAAGGCGAGUCUUAUGAAGCAUCAUUUUCUAGUCCAAAACUUCUUUUUUCUCUUAUUCGACACGUCUAAAAGGAGUUUUUGUUCAAACAAAAUAUUGGUUGAUAAUCGAGGUUUGCAGAUUUCUCUCAAAAUCGGUAAUGAUUGUCCCGAUGCUAUGAGAAUCUUAUUCAAACAUUGUCGAAACAUGGAUCCGACGAAAAGGUUCACUUUCGCAGAAAUAGUGGAAUACCUCGCAACGGUUUUUUUUUUCUAUUUUCACGCCAAUCUUACUUUUUUCUGUAUAGGAAGAUGGUAUCCGAGAAGAAAUCAUACCAACGUAUUGGGAAAAAAAACGAAAGUCAGUAAAAACAUUUUUCAAAACGUACAUUUGA